AUGCGCGAAUGUAUUUCAAUCCACGUCGGCCAGGCCGGAGUCCAAAUCGGCAACGCUUGCUGGGAGCUCUACUGUCUCGAGCACGGGAUCUCGCCAGAUGGAACGAUGCCCGACGAUAACUCUGUCGGUGUAACUGACGAUGCUUUCAACACUUUCUUUUCCGAAACUGGCCAGGGGAAGCACGUCCCUCGGGCGAUUUUCUGCGACUUGGAGCCGACCGUCGUCGAUGAGGUGCGACGCGGCGAGUACAAAGAUCUCUUCCAUCCGGAGCAGAUGAUCAGUGGCAAGGAAGACGCGGCGAAUAAUUAUGCCCGAGGGCAUUAUACGAUCGGCAAGGAAAUGAUCGAUUCCGUUUUGGAUCGAACGCGACGUCUGGCAGACAACUGCUCCGGCCUUCAAGGAUUUCUGAUCUUUCACUCCUUCGGUGGCGGAACUGGUUCUGGCUUCUCAUCGCUUUUGAUGGAGCGUCUUUCCGUCGAUUACGGGAAAAAAUCGAAGCUAGAAUUCGCCAUUUACCCGGCUCCGCAGAUCUCCUCCGCGGUGGUUGAGCCAUACAACUCGAUUCUGACAACUCACACGACUCUCGAACAUUCCGACUGCGCUUUUAUGGUCGACAACGAGGCAAUUUACGAUAUUUGCAGGAGAAACUUGAAUAUCGAGCGACCAAGCUACAUUAAUUUAAAUCGACUGAUCUCGCAAAUUGUGAGUUCGAUUACUGCUUCGUUGCGAUUUGACGGAGCUUUGAAUGUCGAUCUGACUGAAUUUCAAACGAAUCUUGUUCCAUACCCAAGAAUCCACUUCCCUCUGGCAACUUAUGCUCCAGUGGUAAGCCGCGCGAAGGCAUCUCACGAGCAACAUACAGUAAUGGAAAUCACCGGCGCGUGCUUCGACCCGGCGAAUCAAUUGGUCAAGUGCGACCCCCGUACCGGCAAGUACAUGGCUUGCUGCCUGCUCUACCGCGGAGACUUGGUCCCCAAGGACGUCAACGCUGCCAUUGCGCACAUAAAAACAAAGCGGACGAUUCAAUUCGUUGAUUGGUGCCCGACCGGCUUCAAGGUCGGUAUCAAUUACCAGCCGCCGAUGACGGUGCCCUCUGGCGACUUGGCGAAAGUUCGAAGGGCGGUUUGCAUGUUGAGCAAUACGACUGCGAUCGCAGAAGCUUGGGCAAGAUUGGAUCAUAAGUUUGAUUUGAUGUACUCCAAGCGAGCUUUUGUUCACUGGUACGUCGGCGAGGGCAUGGAAGAAGGCGAAUUCGCCGAGGCUCGAGAAGACAUGGCCGCUCUCGAAAAAGACUACGAAGAAGUUGGAAUCGACUCCGUCGACGAAGCCAGUCGACACGAAGAAGAUGACAUUUACUAA